AUGUCUUCAUCUUCCUCCUCUCCAGGAGCUCAAAUAAACAAAAAGAUCGACGCACUCAACCCUCAUCUGCCCCACGUUCCCGAAUCCAAGGCGGAAUUAAAACAAGAUGCCGAGAUAGUCGUUCAAAAAUCAUUUGCAGGAUUACGGUCGCUGGCUGCUGGAGGUUUCGGUGGUGUUUGCGCAGUUAUUGUCGGACAUCCAUUUGAUUUGGUCAAAGUUCGUUUACAGACUGCGGAACGAGGGGUGUACAAAGGUGCUAUUGAUGUUGUGACGAAAUCUGUCGCGAAGGAUGGUCUUGCAAGAGGUUUAUAUGCGGGGGUGAGUGCACCGCUGGUGGGUGUUACUCCUAUGUUCGCCGUAUCAUUUUGGGGUUUCGACGUAGGCAAGAAUCUUGUGCGCAACUUUACCUCCACUGCUCCUCACGAACCCCUCACCAUUGCUCAAAUCAGUACUGCUGGUUUUUUCUCCGCCAUUCCCCAAACGCUCAUUACUGCUCCAUUUGAACGUGUGAAAGUUCUUUUACAAAUCCAAGGUCAAAAGGAACUUGCGCCUGGAGAGAAACCAAAAUAUAAUGGUGGUGUCGAUGUCGUAAAGCAACUUUACAAGGAGGGUGGUAUUAAAUCAGUCUUUCGAGGAUCUGCUGCUACACUGGCAAGAGAUGGUCCUGGAAGCGCCGCAUAUUUCGCAACCUACGAGUACAUCAAACGUCGCCUAACUCCUAUAGACCCCGCUACGGGUAAACCAGGGAAGGAACUAAGUUUAUUAGCGAUUACCGGUGCAGGAGCAUGCGCAGGUGUAGCAAUGUGGAUUCCAGUUUUCCCGGUCGACACAGUCAAGUCGAGAUUACAAACUAUGGAAGGCAAACCAACAGUUGGAGGUGUGAUAAAGGGGUUGUAUAGAAAUGGAGGAUUCAAGGCAUUCUUCCCUGGAUUUGGACCAGCAUUGGCCAGAGCUGUACCUGCUAAUGCUGCAACAUUUUUGGGCGUAGAAUUGGCUCACCAAGGAAUGAAUAAGGUGUUUGGAUGA